CCCGCGCCCGCCAUGGCCCGCCUGACGGAGAGCGAGGCGCGCCGGCAGCAGCAGCAGCUCCUGCAGACGCGGCCCUCGCCCGUGGGCAGCAGCGGGCCCGAGCCCCCCGGGGGGCAGCCCGACGGCAUGAAGGACCUGGACGCCAUCAAGCUCUUCGUGGGCCAGAUCCCGCGCAACCUGGACGAGAAGGACCUCAAGCCGCUCUUCGAGCAGUUCGGCCGCAUCUACGAGCUCACGGUGCUCAAAGACCCCUACACGGGCAUGCACAAAGGCUGUGCCUUUCUCACCUACUGUGCCAGGGACUCCGCCAUCAAAGCUCAGACUGCCCUGCACGAACAGAAGACCUUGCCCGGGAUGGCGCGGCCGAUCCAGGUGAAGCCUGCGGACAGUGAAAGCCGCGGAGGUAGGGACCGGAAGCUGUUUGUGGGGAUGCUGAACAAGCAGCAGUCGGAAGAGGACGUGCUGCGGCUGUUCCAGCCCUUUGGGGUCAUCGACGAAUGCACCGUGCUCCGCGGGCCUGACGGCAGCAGCAAAGGCUGUGCCUUUGUGAAGUUCUCCUCCCACACCGAGGCCCAGGCGGCCAUCCACGCGCUGCACGGCAGCCAAACCAUGCCGGGUGCCUCCUCCAGCCUGGUGGUCAAGUUUGCCGACACGGACAAGGAGCGGACGCUCCGGCGCAUGCAGCAGAUGGUGGGCCAGCUGGGCAUCCUGACGCCGUCCCUCACCCUGCCCUUCAGCCCCUACAGUGCCUACGCCCAGGCCCUCAUGCAGCAGCAGACAACGGUCCUGUCCACGUCGGGCAGCUACCUGAGCCCUGGCGUGGCCUUCUCACCCUGCCACAUCCAGCAGAUCGGCGCCGUCAGCCUUAACGGGCUGCCUGCCACACCCAUCGCCCCUGCCUCUGGACUGCACUCGCCCCCGCUGCUUGGUUCCACUGCCGUGCCCGGGCUCGUGGCUCCCAUCACCAAUGGCUUCGCGGGUGUCGUGCCCUUCCCUGGGGGGCACCCUGCCCUAGAGACCGUGUAUGCCAAUGGCCUCGUGCCCUACCCAGCUCAGAGCCCGACCGUGGCCGAGACCCUCCAUCCUGCCUUCUCCGGAGUCCAGCAGUACACAGCCAUGUACCCCACCGCGGCCAUCACGCCCAUCGCGCACAGCGUCCCCCAGCCGCCGCCCCUCCUGCAGCAGCAGCAGCGAGAAGGUCCCGAAGGCUGUAACCUGUUUAUCUACCACCUCCCCCAGGAGUUUGGAGACACGGAGCUGACGCAGAUGUUCCUGCCCUUCGGCAAUAUCAUCUCCUCCAAGGUGUUUAUGGAUCGGGCCACCAACCAGAGCAAAUGUUUUGGCUUCGUGAGCUUUGACAACCCGGCCAGCGCGCAGACCGCCAUCCAGGCCAUGAACGGCUUUCAGAUCGGCAUGAAGAGGCUCAAGGUGCAGCUGAAGCGACCCAAAGACCCGGGACACCCCUACUGACCGCGCCCACAGCCGCCCGGAGGCUGCGGCCUGGCCCAGGUGAGGGGCCUUCCCACCCCAGGAGGGCCUCCCGCUUCCAACCGACCCCGGACUUUUCCGUAAAUUACAACCAAGUUUGGACACCAGCCCCACCCCCUCCCGUCUCCCCUUGCCCCCCCCCCCCCGCCCGCUCCCUAAUGUGAAACACUACUGCGGGCCACACGGAGUGGGAAGGGGGCUUCGUGGUCCGCCCCAGCUGGGGAGGGGGGCUCCUGAGUUGGGGGCCGAGGGCUUCACUGCCCCCACCCUUGGUGGCUUCCCCAAAUUAAAUCACAACUUUUCCUAUAUAUAUAUAUAUGCAUAUAUAUAUAGAGCUAUAGACAGUAUAUAUAUUUUUUGAGUAUAGAUCAUGGGACCAAACUUUUCCGACUUCCUUCCAUCCAAGAGAAGGUGACCCUGGCCCGGUCACUCAGCAGGGACAUAAGAAGGGCUGAGGAUGACCGGGCAGCCCAGUGUGUCCCCACCUCCCGCUGUCAUGUCAGACCAGGGCACGGAGAAGCACUGGGAAUCAUCAGCCAACGCGAUAUACCUCCAGGACAUUGGGCCCCUGCCACCGACGUUCUCGCAGGCCCUUGGGCUCGGCCAGCUCGAGUGUCCCUGGUCUUAGCUGCAGCUUCUGGAACCCCUACCCCCUCCCUCACCCCAGGGCCCUGCCUUCCCCGACGUAGGCAAAGAAGAGACCCCCCUGGCCUCCCACCCCCACCCCCGUCAUAGCCUUACUCAUGUGACCAAUAGCCCUUAGCUUUCCGUCAGGGGCAGACAGGGUCGGGGGAGCCCCCCUGCCCCUCGCGCCCCCUCCCAAGGGCAGGCAGCCGCCCUCCCUGCCUUCGGAUCACCAGCCUGGAGUUCACGAUCUCAUGACCAAGAUCGCCACGCGCGUUGGACAAACCCAACCCGCUCUGGCCCAGCACCCCUUUACCAGAGAUACCUCUACAAAUAAUUUUUUUUUUUGAAUUUUGGUCUUUCUGAGAAGAUACAAAGAAGAAAAGAGAAAAAAAAAUGGGGAAAAAAAAUCAGACAACAGUGGAUUUUUGUUUCCUAGUUGGGGCGGGGAGGGAGGUCUUGUGGGGCGCCUCUGUAUAGCUACUCAAACCGCGAAAACCCAUCUUGAAGCACAGAGUCAAGUUCGUUGGACGUCCAGUGGGGCCUCUUGCCAAAUGAGGCACCAGAGAACUUCAUAAGCUCAAGAAAAAAAAAAAUUUGUAAAGAAAAAACAGCCUUCCCUUUUGUUUCUACCAAAAUGUGUUGACUGACCCAGAAAAAAAAAAAAAAAAAGAAAAAAAAAAAACCACAUAGCAAAAAAAAAAAAAAAAAAGGAAAAGAAAAAAAAAAUCUUAUGACCAACUUGUUUCGAUAUUCCAGAGUUUGAUAAUUGUUCCGAGACACUCUAGCGUGCCUGUGUCCUGUGCGUCUGCGUGUGCAAGCGUGUGCUCAGGGGCCACGAGGGGGCCUCGUCCGCGUCCCCGGCACCUGCCCAGCCCCGGCCAGGCCUGCUUGGGAGAGCGUGCUGGCGUGCAGUGGCGUUGUGUCCUUCUGGUCCAUGUUUACUGGCUGUAAAUACCAUUUUUAUACUCCACAUCGAAGACCUACGUGAUUUGUACGAUGUACUUUAUUUCUGCUACGAGUAAUUUCAUGAAGUUUCAACUUGCAAACCGACUUUUGGAGACAAAUCGCCACACACACACACACACACACACACACACACACACAGAAAAGGAAGACAAGAAAGGAACUUACAGGGAACUUUGGGUGGACUGGGUUUGCAUUUCUGGCUGGAGAGGUCCUUGGCACUGUGGUGUGUUUCAGGUGAGAAGCUGCAACCAUCAUCUUAAUGUCCAAACGCCUCUCUUUGGUCUGGAGAAACUGAAAGUUUAUUUAAUAAAAGUUUUACUUGCUAAA